AUGACCCAAGGAAACAAACAACCAAACAAUGGAGAUAUUUGUUUAAUCAGAUAUGCUAAACUCGGAAACUACAAGGGAGAGUUGCAAGUCUCCAAUGCUUUUGAUUCUUCUUUGGUGUUACUAAACUCAGAUAUCAAGGAGGCGCAAGCACUUAAAAAUAUGCAAGCUAAACAUGACAAGGUUCUGAUCCAGGAAAAGCGCCAAAAAUGGUCGCAAUUUCCAUUCAAAACCAUACAAGAAAUGAAACGCACCGAUAAGGAUGGAAAACUGAGAGUAGUUUGUACUGUUUAUGCUAUUGAUACCGUUCAUGGAUGGUAUUAUAUUGCUUGUGCUGUCUGCAGCAAUAAGGUUUUCAAACAGGCAAUUAUCUUUGAUGAAGUAGAUGUGCAAGGCUGGUGGUGUGAAUUUUGCCAGAGUAAUGUUACCAAGGUUUCACCCAUGUACAAGUUGGAUUUGCUUGUGCAGGAUCAGACUGGGGGGACUAAAAUCACACUUCUAAGCUCAGUCGCAAAAUCUAUUGUGAAAACUUCUGCAGCCAAAGUUGUGAAUGUUUUAUUGGAUGAGGUUCAAGAUCAAGAAAUGUUUCCACCUGAAAUUGUGGAGAUCAUUGGCACAACUUAUGGAUUUGGGAUCUCGGUUGAUGGAGUGGAAAAAUUCAGUGCCAUGAAAGUUUAG